AAAUGUUUUUUUUUCAUUACUUUGUAUACAGUAAUUGUUGAACCAUUAUGGCUUGUUAAUUGCGUUAGCAUUAAUUACUCUGGUAAUAAAUUCUCUUCCGGGCUGUUUGGUCGUACCAAUGACUUUGGAAAACAAUCUAGCAAUAUUGGAAAUUCUAAAUCAACAAAUAUAUUAAGUGGCGCAGACGGAACUAUUAAUUCUCAAGAAAGAAUUACUUCCACAAAGAAAGGUGAUUCUGCAGGAUUAAAUACGACACCAGGAAGCGGUGGAGAAGUUCUUGGAUCAAAAUCAUUUCCUCUGAGCUCUCAAGAACCAACAUGUGAACAACUUAGAGCUAUGUGGAUAUUUUCAAAACGACAAUCAAGAGCUGCUGAAAUAUCAAAUGAAAUUCCAACCUUUCGAGAUCCAUUAGCAUACAACAUUUGGGAGCCCUUUUAUUCAUCAACGGCAAAUAUCGGAUCAUUUCGCGUAAUGCCACAGUACGGUGACCAUUCGAAUUCACCAGUUUUUGGCCGCGUUCUUAAUCGUGAACCUCUUUAUUCACAACGUUUCAAUGAACUACGACAACGUCACUUAACGGAAAGUGGAUCCUCGCGCCCCUACAAUGGCGAAACAAAACCUUUUUCGAGUUCUAUAGGACUGCGGCGUCCCAACUUUCAAUAUCGUUAUGUCGGGUCAAAUGGAUCAACGCAUAACAGUACAAGCAAUCAAAAUUCUGCAGCAGUUCAAGGAAGCUUUCAGAAAUUAAAAGAACUUAUCUGGACUGAGCGUGCAAAAGAACUGACGCAGCAAAGACGUGCAGAAGAACUAGCUGCCAGAGCUGCAGUUUUAAAAGAAAUAGCAAAUGGACAAAAUAUUCAAUCAUCACGUCUUUAUCCGCAAACGGCGGAGUUAUUAUUAAUGGAUGAAAAUAGAGUUCCAGAUCCAGAAAAAUUUAAAUUUGCUCCAGAUAGAAAAUUUAACGUACCUGGUAACAAAAUGCAAACUAUAUCAUCAGGACAUAAAAACAAUAAAGAAAUGAAAAUUCCAAACAUAUCUUCAACUAGAACUUUUGUUAACAAAAAUCUUGGAUUGACUAAACCACCGACUCCUACAGACAAUUUUGGUUUACGACUUGGAAAAGCAAUAACGUUUCCUGCUUUGCAUGAACGCGAUAUCCUUACAAACAGUGACAUAUCAAGAAGUUCUCCAUUAAGAACAUCACAUUUUAGAGAAAGGAACCGCUCCUUAAUCAACCAGGGUGGAGAUUAUGGUCAAUUUCGUCGCCAGUAUCGCUUUAACCCACUCUAUAUGGCUAAUCCCACACUGAAAAGUAAAGGAUUGGAUACAUUUGGGAAAAAUGUACAUCAACAAAGCAAUCGUUACGAAACAACAGGACAAUUCUAUGAAGAUGAUGAUGAGAAAGAUGACAGUGACGAAUUUUUAUAUGAAAAGUUUAAAAAUAACUUAAAUUUUGAUCCAUAUUCAAAACGGUUAUAUUAA